UACUUUCUCUUCUUUUUCGUUAUGGUCAAGUCAGUCAAGAAAACAACUAAAAAAGCAGAUAAAAAAGGAUCUUUGAUAAAAAAGAACUCUUCUUUUAAAAAGCAAAAACAAAAGAAAUUAGAAAAGGGUGUUGAUGGUGUAAUUGAAUACGAAACAUUAGGUGAUAUUGAUAGUUGGGAUUGGACUGAAAGCACAGGUGCCGAUGUCUUUAUGGGUGAUGAUGCUGGUGGAUUUUUGUGUUUGGAAGAAAUCAGCGAUGUUGAAGUUGAGUAUGAAGGAGAUGAUACAGUUGGCAAAGUGGCUACAUUCAAGAGAAUCAAAAAAGCAGAUCGUAAGAAAGGGAAAAAAGCAGAGCCUACAGCUCCUCUUACCGUGGAAGAGACUGGAAAAUAUUUUGAUUUGGAUACAUUUGAUGAAGAAUUAGCUACUCAACAAAAGGAGCAACAAUCUGAAGAACAACCCUUAGAGCAACAAUCUGAAGAACAUCAAGAAAAAGAACUCGAGAAAUUAAUGAACCAAGUUGAACAAUUAGAGGCUGAAGCCAAAGAUACAACGGAUACCAACAAAGAUAAGCCUAGAGAUUCCAACAAACCUUUAAACAAAAGAGAACGUUUAGCAGCUAAAAGAAAAGCACAAGAAGAACAAGAAGAAGAACAAGAAGAAGAGAAAAAAAAGCUCAAGCCAUCUCGUCCUACAGUAGAUGAUAUAGACCCAUCUGUGGAUAUCUCUGCCUGGAAAGAUUUACAUCUUGCUGAACCCAUUCAGAAUGCACUCAAAUACAAUCAAUUCACAUCACCUACACCUAUUCAAAAGAACGCUUUGCCUUUGGCUAUGCAAGGUCGUGAUAUCAUUGGUUCUGCAGAAACAGGUUCUGGUAAAACCUUGGCCUUUGGUCUUCCUAUCAUUCACUACCUUGCCUCUCAUGGUGCUCGCCGUGGUCUCUGUGGCUUGAUCUUGACACCCACGCGUGAAUUGGCUAUCCAAGUCCGUGACCACAUUGAAAAGAUGUCUGUAUUUACAGACCUCCGUGUAGUAGCUAUUGUAGGUGGUAUGUCUAUUCAAAAGCAAGAGCGUUUGAUGAAACAAAACCCUGACAUCAUUGUGGCCACACCCGGUCGUUUAUGGGAAAUUUUCUCCAACAACACCCACUAUAUGGACAUGUUGAAGCAUAUCAAGUUCUUAGUGCUAGAUGAAGCAGAUCGUAUGCUUGAAAAAGGUCAUUUUGAAGAAUUAAGCAAGUUGUUGAAUUCGUUAUCCAAGAAGCGACAAGACACGACUGAAUGGCCUGAGCAUGUAGGCCAGGAUGCAACCAAACAGACCUUGGCUAGGGAUAUGGGUGUCCAUCAGACAUUUAUUUACACAGCUACAUUGACCAAAGAUAUUCGUUUUAAUGUCAAGGCCAAAAAGAAAAAGUUGCCAGUCAAACAGACCAACAGCUUAGAAGAUUUACUUGAGCGAAUUGAAUUUGCUGAUCCUGAGCCUGCUCUUGUAGACAUGACGUCUGAUAGCGUCGUUGCUUCUCAACUGUUGGAAGCCAAGAUUGAUUGUGUCAACACAGAAAAGGAUUUGUAUGUCUAUUAUUUUGUCACACGUUAUCCUGGUCGUACAAUUGUGUUUGUGAACUCGAUUGACGCCAUUCGUCGCCUUGUGCCUGUGUUUAAGUUGCUGAAUGUAGAAGUCUUGGGCCUUCAUGCUCAAAUGCAACAAAAACAACGUCUUAAGAGUUUGGAUCGGUUCAAGAACAACCCCAAGGCUGUCUUGGUUGCCUCUGAUGUCGCUGCCCGUGGUUUAGAUAUUCCCUUAGUGGACCAUGUCAUUCAUUAUCAAUUGCCCCGUUCAGGUGAAAUCUAUGUCCAUCGUAGUGGUCGUACAGCCCGUGCUAAUCGUGAAGGUAUUUCCCUCCUGUUGUGUGGACCUGAAGAAAUCAAGAUUUAUCAAAAACUAUGCCAAACACUCCGUAAAAACCAAGAUUAUCCUAAUUUUCCUGUGGACAUGAGUAUCUUACGAGCCAUGACAGAACGAGUAAAGCUUGCCGCUCAGAUUGAUAGUAUUCAACAUCAAGAAUCCAAGCAAGCACACGAAGUGAAUUGGAUGAAGAACAUGGCUCAAGAAAUGGAUGUUGAGUUUGAUGAAGAGACCAUGCAAGGCAAAGGACACAACAAGUCACAAGAAGAACUACAAAAGCAGAAAACAAAGGCUGCUAAAUUAAAGCAUCAAUUGGCUGGUUUACUUAAGCAGCCUAUUCUUCCUGCUGGUGUGUCUCCCAAGUUUUUGACAGGUGGUAUUGUGUCUGAUUUGGCUGAACGAUUAAUGAAGAACACAAAUCAUGAACUUUUGCCUGGUACAUUAGAUACAAAGGCUAUUGAAGACUUGGGUUCUGUCAAAAAGAAAAAAGACGUUUAUAUAAAAUAG